ACAGAACCACAACCCAACCUGAUGGUCUUCGAGAACAAUUUCCUCUGUCUUCUGCCAUGUAAGAAGUUAAUGCAUAAAGAGAAUGAGCAGUAACGAGGAAGUGGUGGUGAAUGUUUACAUGGUGGAUCUACUCUGAGAUGAAGAUUCAUAAACACACAGUCAUCAUCAUCAUCUUCAGCCUUUUCCUCGUGAUCGAAGGUAUGAACAUCAUUGAGAGCUCUGUGCAGGAGGGCGAGACGGUCAUCUUCCAUCUGCCAAACAUGGAGUCUGACAGAUCAGACAUCAGCUCAGUCGAAUGGAAACAGAUGGACAGAAACAAACUGCUGGCCUACAUUAGCCUGGACAAUGUUAACAACACAGUAAUAUUUCAGCAGGGAAGCAGACUUCAGUUCACACAGAAUGGGUCAAUCGUCAUCAGAGAUGUCAAACAGGAAGACAGUGGCAACUACACGAGCAAAAUCAUUUUCAAAGAUGGCGAAAUUCAAACGUACAUCAUCUCACUGACGCUGUACUCAGGAAAUUCCGAACAGAGCCCUACUUACAACUCCACAUCCACUACACCAGUUCCUCAGGCUCUUAAUAUCCUGCAGAUUGUGAUCCCAGCGCUCGCAGGGUUGCUUCUGCUUGGCAGCGUGAUAAUACUCAUUUUAAAAUGCAGAAGGAAGCGAGACACUCCAGAUGAACCCAUUUACAACAACACAAUCCACAAGCAUAAAGAAAACCCGAGGCCACAUAAAAAAAGGGUCACACAUGACCAGAAGCAAAUUAAAUCAUGAAAUUAAA